UUUUUUUUUUUUUUUUUGGCUUGUUGGAGAAUUUCGUUUAUUUGCAAGGGAGCUCUUCCAUCUGCUGGUUCACUCUGCAAAUGUCGGCAACAGCCCAGGCUGGGCCAGGGGGAAGCCAGGAAGCCAGCGACCCAGCCGCCGCCAUGGAGGAGUCGCAGUCGGAUCUCAGCCUCGAGCCUCCCCUGAGUCAGGAGACGUUUUCAGACCUGUGGAAACUGCUUCCUGAGAACAACCUGCUGACCACCUCGCUGAACCCUCCCGUGGAUGAUCUGCUGUCUGCAGAAGACGUUGCAAACUGGCUCAACGAAGACCCAGAAGAAGGGCUCCGAGUACCAGCAGCUCCUGCACCAGAGGCCCCCGCCCCAGCUGCCCCUGCGCUGGCGGCCCCUGCACCAGCCACCUCCUGGCCCCUGUCAUCCUCUGUCCCUUCCCAAAAGACCUACCAUGGCAACUACGGUUUCCGGCUGGGCUUCCUGCACUCUGGGACGGCCAAGUCUGUCACCUGCACGUACUCCCCCUGCCUCAACAAGCUGUUCUGCCAGCUAGCAAAGACCUGCCCUGUGCAGCUGUGGGUCGACUCGACGCCCCCGCCUGGCAGCCGCGUCCGGGCCAUGGCCAUCUACAAGAAGUCUCAGCACAUGACGGAAGUUGUCAGACGCUGCCCCCACCACGAGCGCUGCUCCGACAGCGAUGGUCUGGCCCCACCUCAGCAUCUCAUCCGGGUGGAGGGAAAUCUCCGUGCGGAGUAUUUGGAUGACAGAAACACCUUCCGACACAGCGUGGUGGUGCCCUACGAGCCGCCCGAGGUUGGCUCUGACUGUACCACCAUCCACUAUAAUUACAUGUGUAACAGCUCCUGCAUGGGGGGCAUGAACCGGCGGCCCAUCCUCACCAUCAUCACACUGGAAGACUCCAGUGGGAACCUGCUGGGACGGAACAGCUUUGAGGUGCGAGUGUGUGCCUGUCCUGGGAGGGACCGCCGCACGGAGGAAGAAAAUUUCCGCAAGAAAGGGGAGCCCUGCCCUGAACUGCCCCCUGGGAGCUCUAAGCGAGCACUGCCGACCACCACCACCGACUCCUCUCCCCAGACAAAGAAGAAGCCGCUGGAUGGAGAAUAUUUCAUCCUUAAGAUCCGCGGGCGUGAACGCUUCGAGAUGUUCCGAGAGCUGAACGAGGCCCUGGAGCUCAAGGAUGCCCAGGCCGAGAAGGAGCCCGGGGGGAGCAGGGCUCACUCCAGCUACCUGAAGGCCAAGAAGGGGCAGUCUACCUCCCGCCAUAAAAAACCAAUGUUCAAGAGAGAGGGGCCCGACUCAGACUGACGUCCUCGCCCUCUGGCCCCCGUUGACAACCCCCACGCCCUCCUACCCUGGCAUUUUGGGACUCAGGUGCUUGAACCCCACUUGGUAGAGGUGUGCCUCAGAACUCCCAGGAAUUCUUCCACUUGCUUGGCCUGCACUGGUGGUAUUGGGGGGGAGGUGGUGGGAGCUAUGACGGGCCAGCCUUAGCUUUUAAAAUUUUGACUGUGAGGAAUGUUUGGGGAAAUUAAAGAAAAAAAAAAAGGCUCUGAGAAGCAGCCCUAGGCCGGGUGGGAAGCCCAGCCCUCCCGCUGUGCUGACCAGGGACACGGCCACGACUUCAUGAAAUGCUGAUCAUGCCUACCUCACGGGGUCUGCUGUGAGGAUUAAUGAAAUGCUGUGUGACUGGCCUGGAAAGCACCCUUUAUUAUAGGGUGGCUGGGACGUGGCCCCCUCAUGGGUGCUGGUUCCCUACCCUUCUGCCGGCUGGGUUGAUAGCUUCACUGGUUGGGCAGCUGGUCUGCGCUGGUGCAGCCAAAUCCUGCCCAGCCUCUUAGUGACAAUGGCCCCAUCCCACGCCUGGAGGAUUCCAUCGUGUACCAUCUGUGUCUACCAAGACCUGUUUCACUUUCCCCCCAAUGCUCAGGGUCAAUUUCUUUUGCACCUUGCAUUUGUCACCCCCAGUCCACUUCCCUUUUUAUAUCCCCUUUUUAUAUCGGUUUCUUAUUUUGCAAUAAAACUUGACUACCA